CGGACCUAGUGGCGGAGCGCGGCCGCAGCGGUGCUCAGUAUGGCGGCCGAACGCAAAACUAAGUUGUCCAAGAACCUGCUGCGCAUGAAGCGUACUCGAAUUCCUCUGUCUUGGUCAGCUAUUGGGGGCUGGAGGGUGAUCCUGAGCAGAAGUAGAAAGUAAAGGAGUUCAUGCAAAGGGGACUGGACUCAGAAACCAAGAAACAACUAGAAGAGGAAGAAAAGAAAAUCAUUAGUGAAGAGCACUGGUAUUUGGAUUUGCCCGAGCUUAAAGAGAAAGAGAGUUUCAUAAUAGAAGAGCAGAGUUUCUUGUUAUGUGAAGAUCUUCUCUACGGAAGAAUGUCAUUCAGAGGAUUUAAUCCUGAGGUUGAGAAAUUAAUGCUUCAGAUGAAUGCUAAGAACAAAGCAGAGGAAGUUGAAGAGGAAACAGUGGAGCUCGAUGUGUCAGAUGAAGAAAUGGCUAGAAGGCACCAGAUUAUACUCUCUCUGUCAAACAGAAUAUGCAAGGCAUCUGAGGCUGAUUCUUCCCAGAAAUUAACUCCAGGACCCACCCCAUCUGGUUAUUACAAGAUAUUGAAUGUAGUUCCCUGUGCUAUAUGGAAGAAAAUGAAGAGGUGGAGGAAGUAUGGAAAGCUGUUUCUUCACUGAACUUCCCUGAGAAGGGGCCAAGGAAGAGAUUGGCUUCAAGCUGAAGAUUUUAAAAGUAACUCUUUUGAAAGGUCAGGUCAUUUUAUAUGUCUCUUUUAUUUUGACACUCUAUCAACUGGUAAAGGGAAUUUCUGUUCUUAGUCAACAUUGAGGUAUAAUGUGUAUGUGAUAAGAUGCAACCAUUUAAAAUCUAUGGUUUGAUGACUUUUGACAAAAGUAUUCACCUGGGUAACCCUCACCACAAUGGAGAUGUAGACUGCUUCCAUCUACCCUAGAAAUUCCCUCAUUCCUCCCUGUGGUCAAUUCCUGAUCUCCUGUCUUAGGCAACCACUGAUCUGUUUCUGCCACAUUAUGUUAGUUUUGCCUGUUCUAAAAUUUCAUAUAAGUGGAAUCUUAUAGUACGUAUUUUUUUGUACCCAGGUUCUUUUGCUCAGCAUAAUGUUUUGAGAUUUAUCCAUGUUGUUUGCACGUUUCCUGCACUUCCAAAAUAAACUGCUUGCACUUGAACCUUCAUUUCAG